AUAAUAGAUAACACACACAUACUUAGCUUGAAACCAUCCUGCAAAGUACUCUUCAUCACAACCGUAACCACCACCACCGCCACCAUGUCCUCCAAGGACUGCGGCCACCACGAAGACGAGAGCCGCAAGCUCAUCCGCCUAAUCCUGUUCGGCGUCGGCGGCUUCUUCUUCGUAGUCCUCCUCACAAUAUUCAUCAUAUGGGCCGUCCUCAGGCCCACCAAGCCCAAAUUCACAAUCCAAGACGCCACACUGUACGCCUUCAACCUCUCCUCCCCCGCCACCAACACCCUCACCAUCACCAUGCAAGUCACCCUCUCUUCCCACAAUCCCAACCGCCGCAUCGGAAUCUAUUAUUCCAACCUCCACGCUUACGCCUCCUACCAUAACCAACAGGUAACGCUUGCCACCGAGCUUCCCCCAACGUACCAAGGACACAAAGAUUUCACCGUUUGGUCGCCGUUUCUUUUCGGCGCCGCAGCGCCGGUGUCGCCGUUUACGUUGAGUUCGUUGCAGCAGGACCGGGGUGCGGGUGCCGUCGUGGUCAACGUCAAGAUCUACGGAAGGGUCAAGUGGAAGGUGGGGACUUGGGUCUCUGGAAGGUACCAUUUGUUCGUGAACUGCCCGGCGUAUAUAAGGUUCACCGGCGGCGGUGAUCGGAGCGGCAGCGGGAUCCAGAUUGUGGCUCCGGCGAAGUUUCAGCUCUUGCAGGGUUGCAGUGUUGAUGUUUAGUGGUGAGAGAUUAAAAAAAAAUAAAAAAAAGGGUUUGAUUUUUGGUUUUGAUAGAAAUUCUGAAAUUGUUUGUUCCAACUUCUAAGUCCUCUCUCUCUGGCUUGAAGCUUGUUAACUCUUCUUUUUUUUUUUUUUUUCAUUCUUAAUUACUUUCUUUCUGUGUUUGUAGAACUUAGUAUUGUAUGUAGAUUUUUCUUUAGUUAGGAAUAUUGAACAAGUACCCAUGAGUUUUAUAAGAAGUGCUAAUAAU